AUGGACUGGAUCUACGGAUUGGUGGUGAAUACGGGCUUGGACACGAAGAUCAUGCAGAGCGCCACGGCCACGUGGCCCAAGUGGAGCUCCAUCAUCGAGACAGUGAACAAGAUUAAUCUGGCUGUUCCUGCUGCUGUGCUUCCUGUGCAUCAUCGCUACGACCGUGCACGCGACCUGGAUCAACUGCAACAUCGAGGAGAGCUGAUCCCCUACGUCAACUUUGAGGACCCGCGGUUGUUUAACAUCUUGGAACGGCCUAUCAAUGACGACACGCCGAACCGUGAGGCCGAGUUUUUCCUGCACCUGAGUCUUUGUCAGACUGUGAUCCCAGAGAUGGUGGAGGGCAGCUCUGAGGUGCGUUUCUCGGUCUCUUCAACCGAUGAGCAGGCGCUGGUGUCGGAAGCCAAUACCCCCAACGGCGGGCUCACUAAGGGCGACGACAAUACCAUUUAUCCCAUGCUGGCCAAGGGCAAGAGUGACCCCGAAAUGAUAAAGGACACGAUGCUGGAGACGUUCGGCGACGAUGGUUUGCGUACGCUAACGAUCACCCAACGGCGUGUGGACGAGAAGGAGUACCUUAACUGGAGCGCGCGCUUCAAGGAGGCCAAUUCUUCACUAGAAGAGAUUGACAAGCGCAAGAACGGGCUGCCCAACGAGACCGACAAGCUGAUGACGGGAAUUGAGCGUGAUCUGGAGCUGCUGGGUGCGACGGCGAUUGAGGACAAACUGCAGAGCAAUGUGCCCGGCUGCAGUGCCAACCUGAUCCGUGCUGGUAUGCGCGUAUGGGCGACAAGCAGGAGACUGCCAUCAACGCCUGUCAACUCAUGGACAAUGAAUGACAUGCAGCAGUUUAUCUUCAGCUGCGAUCUGUAUCCCACAAAGGACACUAUCCUUUCGCACCUGACGGAUGCGAACGCGCAGUGUUUGGAGUUGACACUUGCAGAUGACCGGUGCCAGAAGGAAUUCUUGUCGCUGGCCAUGGCAUGUGAAGCGGUGGUGUGUUGCCGUGUGUCUCCUAUUGACGGUGCAAACGAUGUGGCUAUGAUCCAGCGCGCACACGUUGGUUUCGGUAUCUCAGGACAGGAAGGCAUGCAGGCUUUGCUGCUGCACCAUGGCCGCUCGAUUCUUGCGGGCUACAUGUUAUACAAGAAUAUCGUGACGGUGCUGGCCCAGUACUUCUACACGUUUUGCGCGGGCUCAUCAGGCCAGAAAUUCUACGGCGAGUUGGGUUUCCACAUUUGCUACACUUCGCUGCCCAUCAUUGUGCUGGGAGUUUUCGACUACGAUGUGCCUUUAGAAGUCAGCAGGCACUUCCGUGAGCUGUACUUGGUUGGCCCGCGCAUGGAGAUGUUCAACAACUACACAUUCUUCAAGUGGAUCUGCAGUGCCGUGUACGAGUCGGCGGUUAUCUUUGUGUUCGUGGUGUACGCGUUCAACGAGAACCUUUCAAACCCCGGCAGCGCACCCAUGGUGCAGUACGGAUUGCUGGCAUUCACGAUGGUGGUGUUGGUGGCAAACAGCAAGCUGUGCUUGCUGCAGAUGUCCUGGGGCGUGUACGGCGCCGUGUGUUGGUUCGUUGGUGUCAUCGCGUAUCUCCCGCUCACGCCCAUCAUCUCGAGCUUUUGA